CAAUCUCUCUGAGAUUGGAGCGCGCACGUGGAGUCGAGACUGCAGCAUCAACAGCUGCUUGCAGGAGCAGCAGCAGCAUCGCGAGCGUUGUCAUCGACAGCAGCUUCGGCAGCUGCAUCUGCGUCAUUAGCAACAAUAGGAACGGCAUCAUCAUCACCAGCAAAAUCGGCAACAUUGCUACCACCAGCAACAUAAGUCAGAAAUAUCACCAGCAGCAGCAACAGCAACAUCAUCGUCAGCAUCCUCUGCAACAUCACCAUCAACCACCACGAUCGGCAACAUCAUUCUCAUCAUCAGCAGCAGCCCCAUCAAUCCGCCAAGCAUGCGGGCAGCGCUGCUUGCAGUGCUGGCGACACUGGCGUGGGCAGCGGAGUCGGGGGCAGCACAGGGACCCCCGAGGGGUCGCGGGCGGCUGAUGGGGGACACCGGGGAUCCGGAGGGCCUGGGGGACCCCGGGGACCCAGACCCCGGGGUCCGCGAGGCGCGCUGCUCGGCGCGGUGCCUCUCGCUCCACACGGCGCGACUCGUGGCGGCCUUCGCAGGAGACCUGCAGGACCCACGGGUCAUGUCUUGGUGUCAAGCAAACAGACGAUGUCAGCAGUGCAUGCAACCCUGCCAGCCAUCAUGGGACACAAACUCCACCUCCUGUCACAAGAUAUGCGAGAGCCGCUACGAGUGCUCUGCGAGCUGCGAGUUCGCUCACUCGCUCCUCUCCUCCUCCUCCUCGGCGCGGCCCGGCUCGUGUGCCCCUCCCGCUCGCGCUCGCGGUUUCGCCGCCGCCUGCGUCGCCGGUUGCCGUAGCGAUGCCGACUGCCCGGCUCCGAGGAAGUGCUGCCCCAACGGCUGCGGCCGGACCUGCCAGGCGCCCAGGGGCCUCUACGCAGGCGUCCCCCUGCGUCCCCGCCCCUCGCUGUCUCUGCGGGAGUCCCCGGACGGAGACGCCAAGGGCGUCUCUCUCCUCGUCUCGUGGUCCUCACCCGCUCGCGUCUCCGUGGCGACAGCGCUGCACGUGCUGCAGGCACAACAGCAGGGUCACGGGACAGGUCCCCCAUCGCCGUGGAGGACAGUUGCCAUGACCCCGGGGGAGAAUGUGCUUGUGCUGGGCCUGCGCCCCGCUCGCUGGUUCCGAUUCCGCGUGGCGGCUGUGAACGCGCACGGCACGCGCGGGUUCACCCCGCCCAGCGCCGCCUACAGGUCCUCGCUUGCUCCCUCGCCUCCCCCUCCGCCUUCCCCCUACGUGGAGUGGUUCGGACGUUCUGCCGAUGGAGGCCUCUCAUUGGCCGCCCACCUGGCCUGGAACCCGGCAGCUGACACGGAUCUACCAAUCGCGCGCUACAAGUUGUUCUACGGGCGGCCCCGCACCACGGCAACGGGCGAGAGGCAUCAACGACUCGCCAUCAACGGGUCGGCACGGCACGUGACGCUGCAGCCUCUGAAGCCGGACUCAGACUACGUGGUUCAAAUGCAGGCCCUGAGCGAGUGGGGUCAGAGGUCGCUCAAGAGUUCGAAGGUCGUGCUCACCUUCCGCACCCCGCCCCUCGACUCCUCCGCAUUCGCGACCAAAUUACUCCACAAAGAUGGGAAAAAUCCCUCUACUUCAGAAAGUAGUUCCUUUUCCGUUGCCAACGGUAACUGGACGAGAGGAUCUGAUUGGCUGCCGGGAGGAACUGUGGAGGAGUCCGAGAAGCAGGAAGAGGGGGGUGUUGAGAAUUCCCUCUCGGAGUCCCACAUCGCGCCACACGGACACGACAAGAGCCACGCCCACCGCAAAGAUGGCCGUUCAGCGAUGGGCCACCACGUGGAGAGGAGGCAGCACAGAAACUCGUAGAAGAGGGGAGGCCAUUUUACAUACAUAGCCCUACUCAUUGUUUUGUGAACAUAAUUGUCACCAGCCAUGAUAUAGCCAUCACAGAGAGACCAAUAAACUCAAAUAGAAACGCAUAGACCAGCAGUGGCCAAUUGUCGUCUCCCGAGCCGCAUGCAGCUCUUUAAUCCACCACACACGGCUCUAUCAAAGGGGCAUAACGUAGAACGUACUUUUACAGUUGCAAAGAAUGUUGAAUGUCUCCCGUGCUGUGCCGAAAACUGUCAAUAUACACACAUUAAUAUAUACACUUGGCUCUUUGCAGAACUCAUGAGUACUUUUUAGAUAUUGGUCUGUUGCAGGGUGGUCACCCCUGGCAUAUACUGAUGUGUAAACCCAUAGACUCGCAUAAAGAUUCAUAGACUCGGAGACUUGACAGAAUCGCAUUGACUCGCACAGAGACCCACAGAUUACAGAGACUUACAUAGAGACCCACAAUACUCACAUUGAGACCCAUGGGUUUCCCAUAGGGACCCAUAGAAUCACAUGUACUUAUCGACUCACACAGAGACAUGUAGACUCACCUAGAGACCCAUAAAGUGACAUUCUGCGUUGUGAUUAAAUUGAGUUAUCAAGAGUAGGGAGUUAAUGAUAUCAGCCUGGCCACCACUAGACUUAUAACGAUUUAACCCUUGGCAAUAUGAUGUCCCGUACUGGUUGCAAUUCGAUUCAGGAAUCAAUUCUUAUCGUUUUAUGUCGCGUUUGUACAUUUUGUUCUGCUAGGUUUGCAUAAUUCUUACAGUAUCACAUCAUUUGCGUAUUAUUUGCAUAAAUCGUCAAUCGAUUUUUUUCGCCCACAUAUCGGAGAGCGAAUACAUAAUAUUUCGUCGAUUAAUCUGUGGCUCUUAUAAUGUACGACUCCUCCGUCAAACCACUGCUGGACGAGGGCCUCCUCACGCUGUGUGGGCCGUGGGGGUUAUUUGACCAUACUUCACCAUGCCGGUCAUUGUGGGUUGGUGAAAGGGGAGUCCCAAGACCGGUUAAGAUUAUCACUUGCAGCUGGUGUUAGCCGUUGCCGGGAAUCAAACUCAGGUGUACAGGGUGGCACGGGGGUUAUAUUUAUUUUAAUAAGUCACAUCGAAUUAUUGAAUUCAUUUUAACAAAUGUU